UCGAGGGGAGGUCACGCCAGAGUGACGCGAGCGGAGCGGAAGGGAGCUGCAGGGAGUUGAGCGCUGAACGCCGGGCUGCUCGGAGGUCUGUGAUCGCGGUUCUGCUCGUCUGAAACGGAGCACCGGAUCGCCACGCGCUCGCCGGAGGAACGGAAAGCGCCGCCGCUGCGCGUGCACAGUUUACCGAGAGUUACCGAGCAGAAAGAGACGAGCGGAGCGGAGCGAUGGUGGAUAACAGCGGCAGCGGCAAAACACAGAUGGAGGCAGGUUUGUCAGGUGUGUUCCCCCACAGCGGCUCCGCAGGACUGAAGCUGGAGCAGAUGAUGGAGCAGCUCCAGCGGCAGCAGCAAGUGCGUCUGGAGAUGGAGCACAAGGAGCGCCGGCUGCGUGAAGCUCACAUCAUGUACACGCAGCAGCUCGCCGCUCAGCAGGCCGUUCUAGCCGCCGCUCGGGCCUCAGGAGCCGGCUUCAUGAGCAAGAGCCUCGGCACGUCCGGAGCCGCACAUCCAUCCCUUGCCUCGAAUCAAAGCAGUUUGGACUCAGACCACGAGGACGAGGAGGAACACGGCCGGGACUCCGACGAGGAUGAUGAUGAUGGGAUGAUGGAAGGUGAUGAAGGCAGCGAGGAUGAAGCCAGCGGCUUGGAGUUCCUCAGGAAGCAGACGCUGGCGCUGCAGCAGGCAGCCGUUCGUCGGCCCUUCGGGAGCUUCUCGGGCCCCGGGGCCACCGCAGACGCACAGAGAGCUCCGUCACCCGCCGUCAGGGUCAAACUGGAGCCUGAGGACGAUCUGUCACCCAUCGGGCGACCCUCGGCGUCUUCUCCUAACGCUCAAGCGGACUGGAGCUACGAGGAUCCCUUUAAAGCAAACGGCGGUGUUUCCUGGUCAGAUGAUGUGGAUGUUGCUCGUGGAAGAGGGGAAGCAUCCAGAGAUUUCGCCAAGUUAUAUGAGCUGGAUAACGACCCGCAAAGGAAGGAGUUCCUGGACGACCUUUUCACCUUCAUGCAGAAACGAGGGACUCCGGUGAACAGGAUCCCCAUCAUGGCGAAGCAGGUUCUGGAUCUGUACAUGCUGUACAAGCUGGUGACGGAGAAGGGCGGACUGGUGGAGGUCAUCAACAAGAAGAUCUGGAGAGAGAUCACCAAGGGUCUCAACCUGCCCACGUCCAUCACCAGCGCCGCAUUCACACUCCGCACACAGUAUAUGAAGUAUCUGUAUCCGUACGAGUGCGAGCGGAAGGCGUUGAGUUCUCCCAGCGAGCUGCAGGCCGCCAUCGACAGCAACCGGCGUGAAGGCCGUCGACCCAGUUACAGCAACAGCCUGUUCCGCUUUAGCCCCUCCCCCGGCUCCGCCCCUCACCUCCUGACCCCGCCCAAGAUGCAUCUGUCAGCACUGGGAGCCAUGGGGGCCCUGAACGGACUGCAGGUGUCCCCAGGGCCAUCUCUGAAGAAGGGACUGGACGAUGCGGUCUCGUCUCUGCUGGCGGGCCGCUCGUCCUCCGUGGCGAUGGUGAUGGGGCAGCAGCAGAUGGCGGGUCUGGCGCGGGCCGCGACACUGGAGCAGCUCCGAGAGAAGCUGGAGACGGAGGCACCGGAGAGAAAGAUGCUGCGUCUGGCCGAGGAGCAGCAGAGACUCAUGCAGCAGGCCUUCCAGCACAACCUGCUCGCCAUGGCCUCGCAGAUCCCCGUCAACCUGCGUCCCGGAGCUCCGGCCAGGGAUGAGAAGCAGGAUCUGGCCGUGAGUAUUUCCUCCAGCGGAGCGGCGAGUGUCAGCGUGUCGGUGGAAGUCAACGGCAUCGUCUACUCAGGAACUCUGUUGGCUCAGAAGUCUGCGAGUGUGAAUGUGUCUCACGCUCCUCCAGCAGGACCCAGCUUCACCUUCUCUAGCUCCGCCCCCAGCCAAAGCCCCGCCUCUUCCUCCUCCUCCAAGGGGCGGGGCUCCCCAUAACCCGUCUGCCGGUUGGCUCUCCAGUCACUGAUUGCUGAAAGUCAAACCGUUGCACAACCAGUACCUCAUUUUCUCCUGUCCACAUCAUGUUUGCAGACACACACGACCGGUCAAAAGUUUGGGAUCAGAACGAUUUCUGAUGUUUCUGCUCAUCAAAGCUACAGGAGAAAUGUAUGAUGUAAAAUAAUGUGUUUCUAUUUUAAUAUACAUUAAAAUCAAAUGUAUUUCUGUGAUGUGCAUCUGUGUUUCCAGCAUCAUUCCUCCAGUCUUCAG